AUGCAGAAGGGAAUACGACUGAAUGACGGUCAUGUCACCUACUUGGGGCUUUUGGCGAAGAAGGACGGCACGAGACGGGGGUGCUUGAGCAAGAAAAGCUCGGACAACACCAAAUGGCACACCAAGUGGUUUGCGCUGCUGCAAAACAUGCUUUUUUAUUUCGAGAACGAGUCCAGCUCUCGCCCCUCGGGAUUGUACCUGUUGGAGGGAUGCAUAUGCGACAGAGCGCCUUCGCCCAAACCUUCGCUCUCGGCCAAGGAGUGUUUGGAAAAGCAGUAUUAUUUCACCGUCAGCUUCACUCAUGAAAACCAAAAGGCCCUGGAGUUACGCACAGAAGAUGUGAAGGACUGCGAUGAUUGGGUGGCCGCCAUAUCACACGCCAGUUACAGAAACUUGGCCACCGAGCACGAGACUCUCAUGCAGAAGUAUCUUCAUCUGCUUCAAAUUGUGGAGACAGAGAAAACGGUUGCCAAGCAACUUCGACAACAGAUAGAAGAUGGAGAAAUAGAGAUUGAAAGGCUUAAGUCUGAGAUCGCAGGGCUUUUAAAAGACAACGAGAAGAUACACGCCAGUCCCACGGCAGCCCCGACUGAAGAUGAUUCUGAAAUCAAGAAGAUCAAAAAAGUCCAGAGCUUCCUGCGAGGCUGGAUCUGCAGGAGAAAGUGGAAGACCAUCAUCCAAGAUUACAUACGUUCACCGCACGCCGAGAGCAUGAGGAAGAGAAACCAGGUGGUGUUCAGCAUGUUGGACUCGGAGGCCGAGUACGUGCAGCAGCUGCACAUCCUGGUUAACAACUUCUUGAGGCCGCUUCGCAUGGCCGCCAGCUCGAAGAAGCCUCCCAUCACCCAUGAUGACGUCAGCAGUAUUUUCCUCAACAGUGAAACUAUCAUGUUUCUACAUCAGAUCUUCUACCAGGGGUUAAAAGCCAGAAUAGCCAGCUGGCCAACGUUGGUGCUGGCCGACCUGUUCGACAUCCUGCUACCAAUGCUGAACAUCUACCAGGAGUUUGUGAGGAACCACCAGUACAGCUUACAAAUACUAGCUCACUGCAAGCAGAACCGAGACUUUGACAAGCUACUAAAGCAGUACGAAGCGAAGCCCGACUGUGAGGAGAGAACUCUGGAGACCUUCCUUACAUACCCCAUGUUCCAGAUUCCCCGCUACAUCCUUACGCUUCAUGAACUUCUGGCCCAUACGCCGCAUGAACACAUAGAGAGGAACAGUCUGGACUACGCCAAAUCUAAACUGGAGGAGCUUUCGAGAAUCAUGCACGAUGAGGUGAGCGAGACAGAAAACAUCCGUAAGAACCUGGCCAUUGAACGCAUGAUUGUGGAAGGCUGUGAGAUCCUCCUGGACACCAGCCAGACAUUUGUAAGACAAGGUUCUCUAAUCCAGGUACCGAUGAGCGAGAAGGGCAAGAUCACCCGUGGGCGUCUGGGUUCGUUGUCUUUGAAGAAGGAAGGGGAGAGGCAGUGCUUUCUCUUCUCCAAGCAUCUAAUCAUCUGCACCAGAGGGUCUGGGGGAAAGCUUCAUCUGACCAAGAACGGUGUCGUCUCCCUUAUAGACUGUACUCUUAUGGAGGACCCCGAGGGGACUGAUGAUGAAUCUAAAUCAGACAAAGGCGGUCAGGACAUGGAGCAUCUGGACUUCAAGAUUGUGGUGGAGCCAAAGGACAGUCAGUCCUUCACAGUCAUCCUGGUGGCUUCCUCCAGGCAGGAGAAAUCCGCAUGGACAAGUGACAUCAGCCAGUGCAUUGACAACAUCCGCUGCAAUGGACUUAUGAUGAACGCCUUUGAGGACAACUCCAAAGUCACUGUUCCACAAAUGAUCAAGUCCGACUCCAGUCUGUACUGCGAUGACGUGGACAUCCGUUUCAGCAAAAUGAUGAACUCCUGCAAGGUGCUGCAGAUCCGCUAUGCCAGCGUGGAACGUCUGCUGGAGAGGCUGACCGACCUGCGCUUCCUCUCCAUCGACUUCCUGAACACCUUCCUGCACUCCUAUCGUGUAUUCACCACUGCUGAUGUGGUGCUGGAUAAACUCAUCACCAUCUACAAGAAGCCCAUUAGCGCAAUUCCUGCUCGGUCCCUGGAGUUGUUCUUUGCAAGCAGUCAGAAUAACAAACUCCUGUACGGAGAGCCGCCCAGCUCGCCCAGGGCCAGCAGGAAAUUCUCGUCCCCUCCGCCCUUGGCCAUCGCCAAGAACUCGUCCCCGAACCGCCGGCGCAAGCUUUCCCUCAACAUCCCCAUCAUCACCGGGGGCAAAGCUCUCGACCUGGCCGCCCUGAGCUGCUCCUCAAAUGGCUAUGCAAGCAUGUACUCCUCCAUGUCUCCGUUCAGCAAGACCACCUUGGACAUCAACAAACUUUAUGUGUCCAGCCCGAUUACCAGCAAAAUACCAGAUGAGGCGGAGGACAAGAAAGACAAGGUGGAGGAAACUUCAGUGAGCAAGCAAGAUCUCUCUGUUCGGGAAGAAAGUGACAACGAUCAAAACCAGAGCGAUGAUGCCGACCCGGAGGCCUCCCCUACAAAGUCACCAACCACCCCAAAAAACAUCAAAUGCAAGAAUUCCUCAGAGUUCUCUCUAUUCUCCUACAACAACGGCAUGGUGAUGUCCUCCUGUCGAGAGCUGGACAACACCCGCAGUGCGUUGUCCGCUGCCUCAGCCUUUGCCAUUGCUACAGCCGGAGCCAAUGAAGGAACCCCCACCAAGGAAAAAUAUCGAAGGAUGUCCCUCGCCAGCACAGGCUUCCCAACAGAUCAGAGAAAUGGCGACAAGGAGUUUGUGAUCAGACGAGCGGCGACCAACCGCGUUCUGAAUGUCCUCAGACACUGGGUGUCCAAACACUCGCCGGAUUUUGAGAGUAACAAUGAAUUAAAAACAAAGGUUAUCGCUUUCCUGGAGGAAGUCAUGCAUGAUCCUGAGCUACUAACUCAAGAGAGAAAAGCAGCUGCUAAUAUCAUCAGAACUCUAACUCAGGAUGAUCACGGGGACAAUCAGAUUGCUCUCGAAGACGUUACACAACUGGUGAGGUCAGGCAAGGCUGACCCCUUUGAGAACCACUCGGCAUUGGAGGUUGCAGAGCAGCUCACUCUACUGGACCAUUUGGUCUUUAAGGUCAUCCCGUACGAGGAAUUCUUUGGUCAAGGCUGGAUGAAGAACGACAAGAAUGAGAAAACGCCCUACAUUAUGAGGACCACCAAGCACUUCAACGAUAUAAGCAACCUUAUUGCUACAGAGAUCCUUCGCUCGGAUGACGUGGUCACCCGCGUGGCGGUCAUUGAGAAAUGGGUGGCUGUGGCAGACAUCUGCCGCUGUCUCCAUAACUACAACGCCGUGCUUGAGAUCACAUCCUCCCUCAACCGAAGUUCUGUCUUCCGUCUCAAAAAGACCUGGCUUAAGGUGUCCAAGCAGACAAAAGCCCUGAUUGACAAGCUGCAGAAGCUGGUCUCUUCGGAAGGGAGGUUCAAAAACCUAAGAGAGGCUCUGAAGAACUGUGAUCCCCCAUGUGUGCCCUAUUUGGGCAUGUACCUCACAGACCUGGCCUUCAUCGAGGAGGGAACACCAAACUACACUGAAGACAAUUUGGUCAAUUUUUCGAAAAUGAGGAUGAUAUCUCACAUCAUCAGAGAAAUCCGACAGUUUCAACAAACAGCAUACAAACUUGACCUUCAACCAAAGGUAGCCCAGUAUUUACUGGAUGGAAGCUGCGUUCUGGAUGAAGAAAGCAUGUACGAAGCCUCCCUCAGAAUUGAACCGAAAGUGUCCAACUGA